AUGUCUCAUUUCACAUUGACUACUCUCGUCGCCGCUACGGCCACGGCCCUCGCGCCUUUCGUCAUCGUCUACAACUUGCCACCCCGGAACCAGGGCCAGUUGAGGACCACGUCGAGUCUGCCGAAGCCUCGACCCCUCGCCACCCUACGGGAGGUCAAGGACCAGGGAAAGACCGAGUUCAAUCUUGUUUAA